AUCGCUUCUUUGUUCCAGACCUCCAUCAUCUAUCCCCCUGCGAUUCGGUCAUCCAAAUCCCUCCUAAGCUAAGCGCCCCAGUCGCAGAGGAAUCACUCUCAGUAUCAAUAGCGGACACGCACGCCUUUUUGGACGCACUUCAUAAGCCCCGGGCCUUAACUAAGCUGCCGCUGCGCUUUUGAGCUUGUGCAAAAAUCGACUUAUAAAAUGAAUCGUCAUCAUCCCUACGGUAGCGGAAACUAUGAGGGCGCUCCCUACAGAAGAGGCGGAUCUUCUGGUGGUCCUGGCCCUGACAGAUCGUACUCUCAUAGAGGUGGCCCUCGUGGCAGAGGAUAUGGUCGUGGCCGUGGAGGUUAUCAUCAUUCUGGUUACGACAGCAAUCACACAACCAAUGCCUAUGAUCAAGCUCCACCCCAAUCAGACGUCAACCCGUACAAUAAUUACGACGCCUCGUUGCAAGAUGCGUUCUACCAAAAUGGCACCGGUAGUUACGGAGCUGGUCCUCCUUCUAGCCAAUUUAGUGCCCCGGAUCCGUCAGAUGGCUAUACUCAAGGCUACGGAACUUAUGAAGACGGCACGGAUCAUAACUAUGACGAUGGAGGGUCUGGUAUGCGACCACGAAGAAAUGUGCGUCGGGAACGUGAUGACAAAGUUCAUGAUUCCAUAAUCGAAGAACGCAUUCAGCGAGAACGGCCAUGUCGAACUCUCUUUAUCCGAAAUAUUAAGUACGAAACCAACAGCGAGGAUGUGCGCCGUUCUUUCGAAGAACACGGUAAUAUCAAGACCUUCUUUGACCUUAUUGCUACUCGUGGGAUGGUCUUUGUUACAUAUUAUGAUUUGCGCUCGGCCGAAAGAGCUAGAGAGCGACUUCAAGGUUCUGAAAUAAGUGGGCGGCCCAUUGAUGUUCACUAUUCCCUUCCCCGAGAUGACCCGAAGCAGGGCAUCGACCGAGAGAAGAACCAACAAUUUCAAGGCUUUCUUAUCGUCACUUUGAAAGACUCUCGCCAGCCAAUCGAUCACCACGAAGUCAGGCGCAAAUUCCAGCAGUUUGGAGACGUUAAAUCGGUUAGUCCAGUCGAUGAUCGGACCGAUCAAUGUUAUGUGGAGUACUUUGACAUAAGGAAUUGCGAGGAUGCGUUUGACAGGCUUCGUCAUCAGGGUUUACAGGACGGAACCAUGGAUAUUGUUUUUGCGUGGGAGGAAUCCGAAGUCACUCCAACCCCUCAACGGUAUGGAAGCGUUUCCCGCCUUUACACUCGUACCCAUCCGCUCAUAUGGUUUGAAUAUAGCCGUGAAGCUAAGUAUGAGGGCGGUCGUGAUUGGGAAGAUGGCGGUCGCGGUUUCCGUGGUCGUUGGAGGGGUCGUGGAAGAGGUCGCGGCCGUGGUGGACACGAUGAUGGUUGGGAUCGCCGAGAUGAGUGGGGGAGAGACCGCGACCGGCCACGAUACGACGAAGACUCAAGAGGUGGCCGUGGUGGAGGACGUGGUGGAUAUGGUGCGGACAGGUUUGACAGUCGCCCUCCAUACCAGGCUAGCGGCUAUAAUCAACCAACAAGUACUGCGGCUGCAUACAGCCAGCCCGCGCCUUCCACACCUGUUACUCAGACAGGUGGUAUGGAUGAUCGUUUAGAGCAAGCUCGGCAAGUUCAGCAACUUUUGGCAGCUCUCAAGCAGCCGCAAAAUGGUGGUGCUCCUCCGGUGCCCCCUCAACAAGCACCUGCACCAGUACAACCAAGCCUCGGGAUGCCUACUGUACCUCCAAGUUACUAUCCACCCCCACCAUCUUCGAUGCAGCAACCUGUACCCCCAUAUCCCCCAAUGCCAGUAACAGCAUCAAACCCGUACGCGACAAUGCAAAACCAGAUUACACCUCAACCAGGCCAGACUCCAAACAUUGCUGGAUUGCCGGCGAAUAUCCUUGCUCUACUUCAGCAGACGCAAACACAACAGCCCCCGCAACAACCCCCCGCGCCCCAAUAUGGUAUGCAACCCCCGCCCACGCAACAAUUGAUGUCUCCUCCUCCUAUGUCAAGCCUGCCGCCCGGCGCACCGCAGCCAGGUAACCCCGGCUAUCAACAGCUUAUGGCAUUCCUUGCAUCGCAAAAGCGGAGCUAAUUAUAGUGCCCUGUACCACCGUCUAAUACGGACACUGAUUUAUAUCGGCCUUCUGUAGUGCAAGAUAAACGAAAGGGGGGCGACUAGGAGUUAGGAGGUUGCCUCCGAACGCUGCAAG